CCCCGUUCUUCCUGGAAUCUAAGGUAACUGCAAGUUUAGGACAGUGACUCAUCUUCACUUUCAGACCAAGGAAUUUUACUGGGGAUAGUUUAUCUUCAUCUCUUAUGCCCCCUCCUCUUCAGAACUGUCAUAAAGAAGACAUCUUGAAACCUCUCUUUUCCAUGUGCACUCUGACCCCGGAAGUUGAAGGAGGGCAUUGUCACAUCAUCACUUGCCAACCAAUCAGGGGGAUCCUCCCUUCAAUAACCUUGCUAGUUCACACAAGUUCUCAGGCAGCUUCAAUGGAAGGAGGGAGCCAAGGAGGCCCUCUGUAAGUCUGAAGAUGAUCAUUACAACAUGGAUUAUGUACAUCUUGGCCCGGAAGAGCAUAGGGCUACCCUUUCCACCAAGGGUGAACUCGGACAUUGAAGUUGAAGAAACUGAGGCUGUAUCUGUUGUGCAGCACUGGUUGAACAAAACUGAAGAAGAGGCUUCUCGGAGCAUAAAGGAGAAGAUAUCCAUUAACGACCCUUGCACCCAGGGACAUGACAUACAUGUGACCAGAGAUUUGGUGAAGCACCGUCUCUCAAAGUGUGACAUGUUAACGGACCCGAAUCAAGAAGUCCUGGAGGAAAGAACAAGGAUCCAGUUUAUAAGAUGGAGCCACACCCGUAUCUUCCAAGUGCCAAGUGAAAUGAUGGAUGACGUCAUUCAGGAGCGAAUAGAUCAAGUGAGACGGAGCGUCUCUCAUCUCAGGUGUGACUCCUCCAGUGAUCCAUGCUACAGAAAUUCUUGCUCAGAAUGCUAAGGUUGAAGGCCUCCAGAGUCGAUGAAUAGCCUGUGUCCAAUGAGUGUCCAUCUCAUGUUUGACCUGAAGGGUGACCAGACUUGAACAGAGAGACUCUAAAUUCUGAGCCCUUGGUUCCCACCAUGGCAAUGCCGAAAACUUCUUGCCGAAGUGCUAAUAAAGAGACAUCUUAUUUACCAACCA